GGAAAAGGCUGACGAUGCCCUCAAUGCCUCGUCGUGUGCAACGUUCCUUGUUGAACCCCGUUUCUGUAGGGUUUUCUUUCACCGUGUUCGCUCUUCUCCCCCAGAGAACCUCGAGGCUGAAGGAAGGGGGGAAAAAAAAGAAGGGCACAGCAAGCAAAACCUCUCCCCAUAAGCACCACUUGUUGCUUUUUCGGCAGCCAAGGAGAGCCUCACGGAUUUUGCACAAUCAAAUCUCUUGGACAAGUCCGCCGACAUGAAGCAAAAGAUCGCAGGCCUGGUUUGGGGCCUGCUUGGGCUGCUGUUGUUAUGCGACGCCGUAGCAGCGUACGAUGUUAGGGCCGGAUUUGGUGUAAAUCGACGCAACGGCGUGGUCCGGAGAAGCGUGGCUGGAUCGACCAGUACCGUACAGAGGGAUUUACUCGGAAAUGUCCCUUAUGGCGAGGUCAUAACUCGGUGCAGGCAGUCCAAGGCCGUGGCUCUGACGUUUGAUGAUGGGCCCAGCAUAUACACCGAGAACGUUCUGAACCUGCUGAGGCAGUACAACGCCAAGGCGACCUUCUUCAUCACUGCCAACAACGGCCUGGGCCCCUUGGAGAGCGAGCCAUGGAGCAGCCUGGUCCGACGCAUGAUGGCCGAGGGCCACCAGAUCGCACACCACUCGUGGUCGCACCAGGACAUGUCUACGCUCAACGCCGACGCGCGCAGGGACGAGAUCGUGCGGGCAGAGGAGGCCUUUGCCGACGUGCUGGGCGGGCGGUUCCCGACUUACCUGCGCCCGCCGUACGGCAGCUGCAACGCCGACUGCCUGGCGCAGGCGCGGCGGCUCGGCUACCACGUCGUAAUGUGGGACAUCGACUCGGACGACUGGCGCUACCAGGCCGAGAUUGAGCGCUCCGAGCGCCAGGUCGAGGAAGGCCUGGCGGCAGGCGGCGGCGGCAACAUCGUCCUGGCCCACGACAUUCACUACAACAGCUCCACUCGGCUCACGCAGUUCAUGCUAGAGCAGCUUGCUAGGAGGGGCCUGAGGGCCAUGACUGUUGGCGAGUGCCUCGAUGACCCGGCCGAGUUAUGGUACCGUGAGGUCCCGAAAUCAAGCAGUGGCACGACUGCCAAGCCGAGCAAGCCGACCAAACCGACCAAGCCCAAGCCCAAACCGGGUGCUGCUUCGAAGCUCAAGGCGUCAACCGACGGACGCUGCGGUGGAGAUGUCACAUGCGCUGAUUCGCUUUGGGGGUCUUGCUGUUCGCGGUACAACUGGUGUGGAAACUCGGCGGACCACUGUAAUGCGGGAUGUCAGUCUCAGUUUGGUGACUGCACAUAG